ACUUAAUCUAUAUACUAUUACUAAUAAGUGUUACUCUUGGUUAUGCCACCUGCAAAAAUGCCACUUGGCAAAAUUAACCCAUACAAUUAUACACGCCACCUGGCCUCAACACAUUAAAUCUCCGCUUCGAACUUCUCUCCACCACUUACAUUCCAACGACGAGCUGCUUCGUCUUCCCCCAAUUCUUCCAUUUCACCGUUCCUCUCUUCUACCUCCUUACACAGAAGAAAAUUGUUCUGUCUCUGCUCUCUUUCCCAAAAUCAACUUUCACCCAAACCCAUUAUUCUCCCGUUCUUCGUUACCCGCGAUCGACGCUUCGUUACCCGCGAUCGACGCCUCGAGAACCCAAUCGUCGCCGAAGGAUAUUACGAAUAUAUAUAAUGGCUCAGAUCCUCAUUCCCACAUCUCUAAUUUCUAAAUCAAACCAUCGUCUAAUCCCCCGGCGAUGACUGAUCCCUACGCUGCGAAAAGCGUUUAGCGUCACUGGAGACGAAGGUCGUCAGUCGUCGGCGUCCCUUGAUGGCGAUUGUGAAACGAACAACAAGAAAAAGAACAUUAUCAUUCUGGGGAAGGGAUGGUCAUCAAAUUAGGCUCGCAUUCCCCUAUCGCAAACCUUCCAAGCUAGAGUAUUUGACACAUAAGUUCAAAAGAAAUGAUAAAAAUCUGAUAGCAGCUUUCAAAGACAGCUUAGAUUUGAACCAUGAGUCGACAUGUCAAGAAUAUUUCACUAAUGAAGCUGAAUCUUCCAAAAAGAAAGUUCAUCUUGAUAAUGUCUCUUUAUCUGUCACUUGUGACAAUACAGAAGUUGAAAUUUGUUCCUCGGAUAACAUUACACCUUGCAAGAGAAAUUUGUUCGAAUCUGAUGUCGAGCAAUCUGUUUCAGUGGACUUGAUCUCUCCGCAAAUGUCAAGCAACAAAAAGGAAAAGCUUAUCAAAAUUGAAAAAGAUAAUUACUAGAUUCUACGUAGAGUAGAAGCUACAUUUUGAAGGGAAAAACCUAUCUGAUUUUUGAUGUAUGAAACUUAUAUUUAGUAUUCUUGUAUGAACACAUAUUUAGUAA